AUGGGGGAAGAACAGCUGCUGCCUAGGUUUCAGGAGGAGGAGCAGAAGGAAGGUGCUGUAGCAGCGGGGGUAGCAACUGCAUUUCAGAAUCAACUACACGUUCAGCAGACACUAGAAGCAAUACCAGUGGUGCAGAAUGUGUUUAAAGGACAUUGUUAUACCUGCGGAGAUUAUGGGCAUAUAGCCAGACAAUGUCCUAGGUUUGCUUGGAGAGAGCAUAAUGAGGGAUCACAGGCAGGAUGGGAUCAGACAGAGGCUAACCAGCAAAGGAGACCGUUUGGUAAUUUUUGGGGUACUUGUUAUACAUGUGGGGAGAUGGGUCACACUUUCAAGCAGUGUCCCAAACAAGGAGAUACCGGGCCGUCCAGGCAGGAGGGUACCGAUUCACAGAGAGGAUGGUUCUAUUAG